CGUCCCGGGAGCGUUUGUAUUCGGCCUGGUGCAAAACUGUCGGUGAAAAGCUUGUUUGGACCAUUCUGAGCCGGUCUGAGCAACGAAGCACUCCGCAGGCAGCCAUUUUAGUCCGCCAAGGGGCCGUUGUCCUUCCGCGCUCUGCAGGUCUGCAGGUUUCUCGGUGUCAGAAGGGCCUCUGUGUGGAGGGCAAGGCUGGGCGCUGCCAGGAUUACACCAGCCGCUUCCCCCUCCCUCCCUAAGCAAAAGACCGGCAUGGUUUUUCCAUUAUGGGAUCAGACCGACAGCACUUCCCUGCCAAGUUUUAGGCUUGGAACUGGUGAGGUGGCGUAUUCCCAGAGCACCGGCCAGAAGGAGCAGCUGAGCCGCUGCCUGCAGCGAGGGAUCAGGCGGGUCCAGGAUCUCUGUAAAGUCCUCCAGCUCCCGACGGUGUUUGAGGAAACGGCGGUGUCGUACUUCCAGAGAGCUCUCCAGCACACCGCCUUCCACCUGGUCAGUCUGGAGAAGAAGGAGCUCCUGGGGGGCUGCUGCGUCUUCGUGACUUGUCGACAGCACAACUGGCCCCUGACGAUGGGGACGAUCUGCUCCCUCCUUUACGCGAAGCAGGAGCUGUUUGCCAGCGUCUACCUGAGCCUUCAGAAAGAGCUCGGGCUCUCUGUGCCGGCCCUGAGCCUGGCAGAUCUGGUGAAGACGCACCUGAACAGUUUUCGGCUAUUCCAGCACGCGGCCGACGUCCCUGCCCCGUUUGUGGAGGACAAGGAGAAGAUGGUCACCCGAACGAUGCAGAUCGUGGAGCUGGCCAGCGAGACGUGGCUGGUCACCGGCCGUCACCCUGUUCCCAUCGUCACGGCCGCGGCCUUCCUGUCGUGGCAGUCGCUGCAGCCCGCUGCCCGCCUCACCUGCACUUUCGCGCGGUUCUGCAAGCUGGCGGGUGUUGAUCUGCCGCCGCCGGCGCACCUGAGGCUGAAGGAGCUUCUCGAGAUCCUCCUGAGAAUGGCCUCCCAGCUCGCUUGGCUGAGGGUGUUUAACAUGGACAAGAAAACAGUGGUCAAGCACAUCGGGGACCUGCUGCAACACCGCAUUUUCCUGCUGAAAAACGCCUUCUGCCUGGAGGAUGAGGAGGAGCAGCAGCGUGCUGCGGCCCCGGGCGAGGGCUCCGCCGGCCCUCCUCCGGUGGCAGGAGCGGCAGCGCAGGAGGAGGGCUGUCCCUCGGAAGGGAAACGCCAGCGUGAGGGCGGCCCAAGGCCCUUGCUGCCACCCUGCCUCAUCAAUCCAAGGAAAAGACUGCGGACAGCAGCCCCGAGCGCUUCGGACUCUGCCAUCACCGGCGACGAGCCCAUCUCCGACAGCGAAAUCAAGCAGUACCUGCGGGGCCCGGAGGAGAUCCGGGCCUUCAGGAAGGCCAAGGCCUGGCCGUGAAGACGGUCGUCUCCAGCGUGGUCCAGAGGACGGUGCUGCCAGACACCGGGGCAGCAGGGACUGUGGGACCAAAAGUGUGAAACCCGACAGUGACAGAGCCAUCGCACGCUGCAGGGACAGUCGCCCGAGGGAGCGGGGUUGUGGGGAGGGAGCGGGCCGUGUCCUCUUUCAUGUUCUGGACCAAAAUGGGGCUUUUUAUGGAGUAACUGCUUUGGGUUGUGUUCUGUUUCUGUUAGAAAUAAACAGAAGCGCAGGUGCCAGGACGGGUUUCCGGAUUCUCUCGCUUUGCAGCCUCUGGUGAAAGGUGUUUUGGUGCGUCCCAGUCCUGCAGGGCAGCGUCACGAGUGAGUCUGAAUGGGUUUGUGAGCGGGUCAAGGAGAGACCUGAACUUGCUGAGAG